AUGGAUGAUGACGAAGGAACAUCAAGCUCCGGACCAAUGUCAUCCUUAAACAGUCUAUUUUCUUUCACCAGUCCUGCGGUUAAAAAACUUCUAGGUUGGAAGCAGGGCGACGAGGAAGAAAAAUGGGCUGAGAAAGCCGUUGACUCGCUGGUUAAAAAAUUAAAAAAAAGAAAAGGCGCUAUCGAAGAUUUGGAGCACGCUCUUAGUUGUCCGGGUACACCGAGCAAGUGUGUUACAAUCCCGCGGAGUCUUGAUGGGCGACUUCAGGUGUCGCAUCGUAAAGGCUUGCCGCACGUUAUCUAUUGUCGAGUGUGGAGGUGGCCUGAUUUGCAGUCACAUCACGAGCUAAAACCCCUGGAGUUGUGCCAAUAUCCGUUUUCAGCCAAGCAAAAAGAAGUUUGCAUCAACCCUUACCAUUACAAACGCGUUGAGAGUCCUGUGUUACCACCGGUACUCGUGCCAAGACACUCAGAAUAUGCACCAGGGCACUCGUUGCUGCCCUUUGCCCAGAUCCAAGACACGACCAUGCCACACAAUGUCUCUUACUCAACUAGUGGAUUCAAUGCUGGGCCUACUGGAGGCUCGAAUAUAAAUCCCACGUCGCCCAUGUCCUCAAUAAGCUCGGUACCAAGUCCCGGGAGCACUUCAAAUAAUCCCCAGAGUCCGUACGGCACAAACGGCUUACCAGAGACACCGCCACCAGCUUACUCGCCGCCAGAUGAUGGAUCACAAACUGUACAAUCUCCGCCACCUGAUCCCGCGGCCAUGGACACCACCGGUGCGGCAGAAGUCGAUCCGGUAUGCUAUCAGGAACCACCUUAUUGGGCAUCGAUCGCUUACUACGAGUUAAACUGCCGCGUUGGUGAAGUCUUUCACUGUCAGUCUCAUUCUGUGAUCGUCGACGGAUUCACAAACCCCAGCAACAACUCGGACCGCUUUUGCCUCGGACAGCUGUCAAACGUAAAUCGAAAUUCUACGAUAGAAAACACAAGAAGACAUAUUGGUAAAGGCGUUCAUUUAUACUAUGUUGGUGGCGAGGUAUACGCUGAAUGUUUGUCAGAUUCGGCGAUUUUCGUACAAUCUAGAAAUUGUAAUCAUCAUCAUGGCUUUCAUCCUAGUACGGUAUGCAAGAUACCACCCGGAUGUUCACUCAAGAUUUUUAACAAUGCUGAAUUUGCACAAUUACUCUCCCAGAGUGUUAAUCAUGGAUUCGAAGCUGUCUACGAGCUUACCAAAAUGUGUACUAUAAGAAUGUCAUUUGUCAAAGGCUGGGGUGCUGAAUAUCAUCGACAAGAUGUAACAUCUACACCCUGUUGGAUUGAGGCUCAUUUACAUGGGCCGUUGCAGUGGCUGGACAAAGUUCUAACUCAAAUGGGAUCGCCUCAUAAUGCCAUAAGAAUCUGUUCUGAGAUCGAUAAUAAUCAAUCAUCAUAA